AUGGAGGGAGACGCAGAUUACAUUAACCAGCAAGACCAUGACCUGGAGGCUUCAACUUCGGCCGAACUGGAGAUUAGCAAUCGACGUGGAAACGGGGAUUCGCGAAAGACGAUUCAGGAAACCCUCGAGUGGCUGAGAUCGGGCCUCAAGAACAUGCGCUCAGGCCAGCCCAAAUCAAUUGGAUUCUUCAACGAGAAGACCCCAACCAGGGCACCGAGUCCAACCUCAUCCUCGUCAUCUUCCCGCACCAGGACACGGUACUUCAGCGACCGAACGACUACAGAACACUGCCAAACAGACAUUGCCACUGUCAUCACCCUCUACAACGAGGAGAGCGAGGAGGCCGAGAGGACGGUGGAGUCACUGGCCAACCAGAGCUUCCAUCCGGACACCAAGCACGCCAUCGUGCUCAUCUGCGACGGAAUCGAGAAGAUGUCGAGCAGCAUGAAGAGAUUUCUCAUCUCAUUGUUCCCCAACCUGCCCGACCUAGAACACCUGCUCACGGACCACUCCGACAACCUUCUUCAAGUGAUGGCCUCGCCAGGGCAAUCAGCAGAGCAGUCCGAGUUGCUGCGACUGAAGAAGGACCUCACCAGCAUCGUCGCAGGUGACAAUGGCGAUCGAGAGCAGGGGCAGGUCCACCUGACUUUCGUUGUGCAGAACCUCACCCUCUCCGGCGCCAGACGCCCAAUUGAGGUCAAGCUGCCUAAGUCCGGUCGACAAGUCAGAAUGGACAUGUCGCUCAUCCUCAAACUGGACAAUAGGGCCUUUGCAGACGACUUGAAGGCCGAGAUGGUGUUCGCGUCGGAUGUGGGAACGCUCUACAAGAAGAGCUGCCUCCCUGAACUCAAGCGCUACCUCGACAGGCAUGCUGACGUGAGCGCCGUGACCGGGCGUCAGCGCGGGUGCGAGGAUGAGUCGUGGUACUCUUUGGAUAGGUGGUACAGGAAUGCGCAGUGCUACGACUACGAGAGCUCUUUCGCUAGCUUCAUGGCCGCUUUCCACAUGGCCGGUAUGCUGCCCGUCAUUCCUGGACCAUGCGGCCUCUACCGCAGGCAGGACAUGGCCGUGCCGGGUGGCCCUUGGGACUACUACUUCGAGACCGUGCACACACCGCCCGAGAACCAGGAUAUCACCAUGGGCAACCUUCUGCUGGCCGAAGAUCGCGUCCUCUGCUGGGCUGCAGCGCUGAAGACACGAGAGCGCAGAUACACCGCCAUCGUGCCUCGAGCUGUGUUCUACUUCGCUGCGGAAACUCAGCUCAAGACGCUGGCCUUCCAGAGACGAAGGUGGAUCAACGGGACCGUGGCCGGCUACAUCUACUUGGCGCUCCGCAAUCCAGCUCUUAUCUUCGACUCGCCUCACACCUGGUUCACCAAGUGGUUCCUCUGGCUGCUGGUCAUGUGCCAGCUGCUCAUGUUCGCCGUGGUGGCCAUAUCGCCGGCGCUGUUCCUCAUCACGCUCGAUCUCUCGCUGGAGAUCAUCAGUAACGCGCUCUCGGCCGACUCUGCGGCCUACUCGACCAUUCUCUUCGUCAUCGCCAUCGGAACGUACUUAUGGUUCAUGAUCGGCCACCAUCUCAAAUCGCGCUUCAUCGCUUUCCUCUUCUACCUCAAGAUGUGCAUCCACGCCCUGACAAUCAUCGCGUCCGUCGCGGCGGCAGUCAUCACGUUGAGUCGCAUGGAGUAUUUCCGGAUGUCCUGGUCGAGCUUGCACGAAACCGAGGGGCCGCUGGCGAUGGCGAUCCUGCUCGCCCUCCUGCCAGUUGUCAUCUCCAUCACCACCGGCGGCAAUUCGUUCUUCCUGAUGAUCCGCUGCUUCGUGCACUACUACCUCUUCCUGCCGACCCUGGUGGCCACCUUUGGCGCCUACUCCUUCGCCCGCACCUUCGACCUCAGCUGGGGCAAUCGGCCGCCGUCCCAGAUCAAAGCUGAGGCCAGCACGAGCGGGGAGUCCGAGGACGCGCUCAUCAAGGCCAAGGAGAAGCUGCGAGAGCAGUCCCAGGCCACCUGCGGCCUGAUCGUGAUGGCCAACGUACUGCUCAUGCUCGUGGUGCUGAUGUCGCGCCACGUGGCUGCCUUCUUCCUGCUGCUCGGCGGGCUGGUCUUCAUCUGGUCGGCCAUCCAGAUGGUGCUCAGCUUCGUCUGGUACGUCUACUGGUCCAUCAAGUCCGGGACCAACUGGCUGUGGAACGGCCUGGUGUACCUCCUCUGUUGCUGCUGCCCUCACCGUACCAAGGGGUACGCAGAGGAAUACGCAGUCAUCGGCGAGGGAGCGCUCACUGUAGCACCGAUCAUCAGCUCCCAAGAGUGA